CCAUGUUCUAAAAAAUAAAAUAAAAAUGACUAUAUAUAGAAUCCUUAUCGUCAAACAAACUGAGCGCAAUUGCAGCGAUGCCCUACCAUCUGAGUGGACAGAGGGAGGGAGUUUGCUUUUUUUUGCUAACAGGAGAGACGAGAAAGUGAUUUGAAGCCGCUCGUGAAGCCAGAAGUUCAGCAGAGGAGUUUUCUUUUUCUUUAAUUUUAUUUGGGUUUGUGGCUGGGUGCUGAUGGAGUUUUAUGAACAUAUCAAGACCGCCAAUGUGGAGGACGUUGUGCUCCGGCAGCCGCUGCACCCACCGACCAGAGGCACCCUGUGCAUCACCGGCCACCACCUGCUCUUCUCGGACAGGGAGGAGGGCAGCUCUCGGCAGGUUUUACUGCUCAUCAGGAACAUCGAUGCCAUUGAGAAAAGUGUGGAAAACCUUUUGGCCUGUUCCAGCCUCUUCUCUAAUGCAGGCCACAGUGAAAGGAUAUCUGGAUCUUCAGGGACGAUUACCAUCAAGUGUAAAGAUCUACGUGUGCUCCAGCUUGACAUACCAGGCAUGGAACAGUGUCUCAACAUUGCUCACUCUAUUGAGACCCUGUCCUGCCUAGACAGUGUGUCGGAGAUGUAUCCUUUCUUUUAUAGACCUUCUGAUCUCAGCCUGCAGGACCAGUGGGGUCUCUCAUCCCCUGAAAAGCACUACAGUCAAAUGAAGGAGCUACAUGAUAGGUGGAGACUGAGCACUGUGAACACAGACUACUCAGUGUGUCCCUCAUACCCUCCAGCUGUCAUCGUCCCCAAGAACACAGAUGACGACAUGCUAAAGAAGGUGGCCAAAUUCAGACAGGGAGGACGCUUCCCUGUCCUCUGCUACUACCACAGAAAGAAUGGCAUGGUAAUCAUGCGCAGCAGUCAGCCGCUGACAGGAGCCAAUAAGAAGCGCUGCAGGGAAGACGAGCACCUCCUCCAGGCUGUGAUUAGCGGCUCAGACAAAGGUUACGUUAUUGACACGCGCUCCAGUCAGCAGGCGCUUCAGGCCAGAAUGACAGGCGGAGGGUUUGAGUCCAAAUCGUGUUAUAGCAGCUGGAAGAGACUGCACAGACAGAUGGAAAGGGGUAAAGCACUGCAGGAGAGUCUAAUUAAACUGGUGGAGGCCUGUGGUGACGAGUCCCAUAAUAUGGACCGUUGGCUCAGUAAACUUGAGAAUUCAAAGUGGCUUUCUCAUGUCCAGACUGCUCUGUCAACAGCUGGCCUGCUGGCAGAGUGUGUGGAGAGGGACGGUCAUUCAGUUCUGGUUCACGGCUUUGAAGGGACAGAAUCCACUUUGCUCAUCAGCACUCUGGCUCAGCUCAUAAUGGACUCAUCCUGUCGCACACUGGAGGGCUUCCUGGCUCUGCUGGAGAGGGAGUGGGUACAAGCAGGACACCCAUUCCAGCAGCGGUGUGCCCACUCGGCCUACUCCCAUGCUCGUCUCCAGCAGGAGUCCCCGGUCUUCCUGCUACUGCUGGACUGUGUGUGGCAGCUGGGGCGUCAGUUCCCCCUGGCACUGGGCUUCUCUGAGGCGCUGCUGCUGAGGCUGGCGACUGAGGCCUACGCGUCUAACUAUGGCACCUUCCUGUGCAACAGCCAUCGGGAACGGUGUGCUAUAGGAGUGAUGGAGAAGACUCAUUGUUUGUUCCAGGCCCUGUUGAGGCCCAGGGAGAGAAAUUACUACUCAAACCCCCUGUAUGAGCCCACUGAGCUAGCAAUAUGGCCCUCGGUCCACCCUCAGUCCCUGCAGCUUUGGAGAGGCUUUUUUCUGAGGUGGACCGAAUGUGCUCGUCACCUUGAAGAGGCUCAGGAGGAAAUAAGGAACAUGGUCAUUGAGUGGGGGAAACUGGCUCAACUCAGCUGAUGCCCUUUCAGUACAUGAACAAGUGAAGAUGCUCAGCC